GGGAGGCUUUGUACAGCGUUUGGACAGUCGAACCCCAGCACUCAGAGAUGAGAAUCAACAGGACUGGAGUCACCUGCUCUCCUCCGUGUUCCUCCUCUCUCAUCACCUCCUCUCACUUCCCAGCACUUCACAGAUCUCUUUCCUUUCGAAACGAGCGAACGCAAGGACUAUCGCUCCCACAAAAUUCCCUCAGAAAGGGAGUGGAUUGCAAAAGAAUGUGAAGCAGAGACCUGACUGAAAAAGAGCAAACCAUCGGGCAACUCUUCAUCGUCAGGAAUCAUCACAGCAUUGGGAAUCACCGUGGUCAUUCCCAACUUCCCUAUGGAACGGAGUUGAGCCGCUCCGGAUCGGGAACGCCGGGAUGAGCGGGAUGGAAAUCCCGGCGGAGGCCUGGAACGGCUCCCUGCCGCAGAACGGGACCUUCCUGCCGCAGAACGGGACCUUCCAGACGCAGAACGGGACCUUCCUGACGCAGAACGGGACCUUCCUGACGCAGAACGGGACCUUCCUGCGGAUCGGCCCCACGUCCAUCCCCGCGGCGGCGGCCGCAGCGGACGCCUCGUCCGAGAGGCCCGAAAACGUCUACGUCUACGUCUCCAUCUUCCUCAGCCUGCUGGCCUUCCUGCUCACCCUGCUGGUCAUCGCCCUGCACAGGCUGAAGAACAUCAUCUCCUCCAGCUCCUCCUACCCAGAGUGCACCAGCGAGGGAGGCAGCUCCUUCACCAACAUGGAGAUCUGCAGCCUGUCCUCACAAGUCACCGUGUCCUCCCUGUCCUCACAAGUGACCUGAAACCAACAAACUGUGUGUGUGUGUGUGUGUAUGUGUGUGUGUGUCUGAGAGAGAGAGUAUGUGUGUGUGUGUGUAUGUGUGUGUGUGUGUGUGAGAGAGUAUGUGUGUGUGUGUGAGUGUGUGUGUGUGUGAGAGAGAGAGUAUGUGUGUGUGUGUGUAUGUGUGUGUGUGUGAGAGAGUAUGUGUGUGUGUGUGUGUGUGUGUGAGAGUAUGUGUGUGUGUGAGUAUGUGUGUGUGUGAGAGAGAGUAUGUGUAUGUGUGUGUGUGAGCGUAUGUGUGUGUGUGAGAGUGUGUGUGUGUGUGUGUCUGUGAGAGUGUGUGUGUGUGUGAGUGUGUGUGUGUGUGUGUGAGAGUGUGUGUGUGUGUGUGUGUGUGCGUGUGUGUGUGUGUGUGUGAAUGCCUCACUCUCCUUCUCAUAUUCACAUGAACAGAAGUAGAUAUGAGAUGUUCAUUUUAUCAGAUACAGGGCUACAGAGACUCAUACAUUUACUCACAUAUGCACACAGGCAAUAUGCACACACACCUGCUCACUAAUACACAUAAAUAUACUCUCUGACACAUAAACACAGUUUAUCGCUCCUCCUCUCUGUUACUAUCAGUUUCUCCUCUUCAUUUGCUCUCUCCCUUUCUCUCACCCACACAGACACACUCAUACAGACACACGCACACAUACAGACACACACACACAGACAGACACACACACACACACACAUGCGCGUACACACACGCACAGCAGAGGGAAGACUAAAGGGCAGGGCUGUAAUAUGAAAUGAAUCAGAGCUUGUCUGAUAAAGGUUAACGGGCACAGUGUGUAACAGGGUUGGCACCGAGUGAUUUGCAUGCCUCAUAACAGCCUGAGGAACCCUGCUGGAAGUUUAUUAACGCAGUUUAAGCACAGGGGUGCUACCAUCGCGAACGCGUGCUGCGGAGUCAGGGCAACGUUUGAGACACUGCAAAAGACAAAAAAGAAGUCAAUCUCAGCAAGCAUUUUAGGUUUCAUUUUAGAUCUUUUUUGCUAAACAAGACAAAAACAUUGCCAGCGAGGUGAGACAGAUUGAGUCGAUUCAACAUUUGCCAAUGGGGAAUGAAAUGAUAGUAACUUAAAACAAGCUGAUAGUUUCUACUUAAGAUUUUAAGUCUCAUUAUAAGACUAACACCCUUGUUUAGGCUUUUUUGAGUGCGCACAGCUGACCACGUUGCUGAAGCCCCUGACUGUAGCAUCGCAGCAGUAUAAAACAGAGACUCGGAUUCCUCAUCUUCGCUGCCAUCCCUGUUCGCGCACCUUCUCUCCACGGCGACACAAGCCCCUUUCAAACCGCCAUCGGCCACAGCAGCCGGUCCAUCGGCUUUUUUGAAAAAUCGUCACGGCAACAUUCUACCGGCGCCAGGACUAUUCACGGCAGUUUUAAAAUGCCGUCGCAUCGGACUCCUGGACUGCUGCAGCUACAGACUGGCGUAGUGUAACUAUACAUCGCGAUCGCUGUAUCGGUUGAAAGGGCAGUGAUCCGCUCCAAUCGAUACAACAUGCAAAAACCGAUCCCUGUUGUUAUGAAUCAUAGCAAACAUGUAUUUAAAUUAUACGGCAGUUUGUUCUCUAGCAACACUACCAACAUUGUUCUUUACGUUUCUGAUUCAACCUCAUUAUUACGCGCGCUAGUGCUGUUUUUCUUCCGUUAAACGUGACGUCAAUAAAUUCUUGCACUGCCAGUUUCAUAUUGGUUGUAUGUGUAGGCCAUGUUGUAGCAGGAUUGUGUUAGCUGGAUCAUGUACAUUGAUAAUUUCUUACUAGCCUACAUCAGAUUGGUUUGGAUCGUAUCUUAACAAAAAUGUGUAACAUUGCCGAAUACUGAACCGUUGCCUAAAGAAUCAAAAUUGUAUCCUAUCCUGGUGAAGCCUGAGGUUUAUACGCCCACCCUAUGGGAACGAUAGCUGGUCACCGAUGGCGAUCCAACAUAGGGCCGAUUUGUGCUUGCUAGCUGGGAAACACAACACCUUCCCUUCGUUGCCCGUUUCAAUCCACAGUGCGGUAAAUGUUGGGGGAUUCGGACUGAGUGCAUCCCAACAACUGCAGAAUGUACAGAACUGAAUGUUGAUAUCGUGUUGAAAUAAAUGGGCCCAUAAAGCCAUUUCCAUCCA